AUGUCAUCCGUCAUUGCUUCUAACGUCCCUUCUCAAGUCAAACCAGCCGAGCUCAUCAAGUUCUUUUCAUUUGCCGGUACGGUUACCGAUUUAAGACCAUUAAGUGAAAGCAAAUACCAAGUUGUGUAUGAAGACCCAAAGGCAGUCUCGACAGCUUUGGUUCUUAAUGAUGCCGAAUUGGACAAUAAACCAAUUAAGGUUGAUGAAGAUUUGGAAAUCACCGAUGGUGAAACUGGUCUUUCUACUCAACAAGGUGGAAUUGAAAAGGAGAGACAAGACGAUAUUAAAGAGACCUUGAGUAAUGCUUAUGGCCAAAUUAGACACAAGCACUCAGCUGAUAUUCAUCAAGAGGAUAAGCCAAAGUAUGCUGUACUCUCCGAACUAUUGGCUCACGGAUACACCCUUUCUGAUGAUGUGGUUAAAAAGGCAGCUGAAUUGGAUAAAAAGAAUGGUCUUUCUGAAAAUUACCAACAUUUUAUCAAAUCAUUGAAUGAAAACAAGGAGAAAUGUCCAGUUAUCAGAGGCGAAGAGAAAGUCGGCAAGGCUUAUGAGAAUUCUGAUUUGAAAAAGUAUUUUGAUGAUGUGAGUGACGAUAUUUCUCAUUCCAAAGGCGGCAUUAGAGUUAGUCAAUUUUAUCAAAAGGUUGCUAAUGAUGUCAAUGAAAUUCGUGAGCAUGCAAAGAAAUUGGCUAAGGAGAGAGAAAAUUCAAAGGCCUAG